AUGACUGCACAAGAGCCCACGCGGCCAUUACGGGUUGCUGUUGUUGGGGGAGGGCCCGGCGGACUCGCGACAGGAAUUGCAUUGUCAGCUCUGCCGAAUGUCGAGGUGACCAUCUUCGAGCAAGCAACACAGCUUCGAGAAAUCGGAGCAGGGGUUACCAUUGGACUUAAUGGCUGGAGAGUGCUAGGUCUACUGGGUGCCGCGGACGGGAUCAAAGGACAUCGGAGGAUCAUCGUCGAUCAUCGAGAUGGACUUACUGGAACAUUGGUUGGAGCUACUGCGUCGUCAUUCCCUCCUUGGUAUCACCCUAGGCGGGUAAGAAGGAUGCAGCUGCAAUCGGCGCUCCUCGACAGAAUUCCCCCUGGCGUAAUUCAACUAAGCAAACGUCUCACUGCUUUAGAAAAUCGUGAGUCAGGGAGAGUUCGACUGAUUUUCGAGGAUGGGGCCACAGCGACAGCAGAUUUGGUUGUUGGAGCGGAUGGGAUUCGAUCGGUUGUCCGGGAAAAUAUCUUUCCCGACCACAAAACUACUUUCACGGGCACGACAGUCUGGCGCACUCUUAUCCCGUGGAAGUCGAUGGAUCGUUUUCCGGAACUAAAUCACAAGACGACAUGGUUCCACAGUCCUGUAGGAUUCGUUAUGACCACACCAGUCGAUGACCCGAAAGAAGUGGAUAAGGAUACCGACGGGUUAUUUGAGGUCUCUAUUAGGAAAUGGGUCGACCCUAAGAGAUUGGAGGUAGAGAAAUUCAGGUGGGGGGUUGACGCUGUAAAUGAAAAAGUGCUAUCAAAUUUCAAGGAGUACGGACCUCUUGUCCAGGAAGUAUUAUCGCACGUGCCUGAGGGUGUGUGGAAGGAAUACUCGACCUUCGCAGGUCCACGAUUGGAGAAACUCACCGGGUGGAAUAAGGUUGUUUUACUGGGCGAUGCCAGCCAUCCUCUCUCAGGGGCAUUUGGCUCAGGUGCUGCCUUUGCGAUGGAAGAUGGCUGGAUCCUUGCCCGUGCGAUCGAGCACACUCACCUGAAUGGCAACCCAACCGCCGAUUCAAUAGCAAAAGCUCUUGAGAUCUUUGACUCCAUUCGGUCUUCUUACUAUCUCAGAAUGUACGACUAUAUCGACUUGCAGGAACGUAAAGUAGACGGAGCGAAACGGAAUGCCAGUGCUGCCGGUAUUAGCGAAUGGGAAGCACAAUUAAGAGUCACGGUAAACGGAAUGAUUGGCGACGGACUGCCAUGGAUUUACCUCAACGACAUUGGAAAUGUCUGGAAGAAAUAUUUGAAAGGAGAGGCUGGAGAUAGUGUAGUGUCUCCGUCUUUCGACAGGUGAUAAUUGUAGUUAUUUGGUUGAAAAGUGGUUGAAAAUUGUAUAGGGGUCGCAAACAAUUGUCCGUC